AAUAAUUUGUUAAACACCAAUACAAACGAGUAGUAAAGGAGGAGGCAAAGGGACAGAGAAGAAGGCAAAUAUGCAGUAUUAUAAUUGACGCCAACUGCAGUAAAACAUCAAUUAAAAACAAGUUGGCACACAAGUUGACUUUAACACUGUGAUUCAUCUCUUGAACUGGAAGCCUGACAAUGGACCCAGAGCAAACCAUUGCUGGCUUGGUAUCAAAAAAUGAGCAACUUGAACAUAAAAAUGAGCAGAUGAAGUUGCUGGUCAGCGACCUGACAGGCUGGAUUCACAACUUCAAUGAUAUUCUGACGGAGUCAGCAGGGAACCCUCCCAAUCUGUGUCAGACCCUUUGUGAUGAGAGAGAGUUCAGAAAACCUUUGCACCAAAGCAAACACAUACACCGAACCUCAUCCCCUGCUGACUACAGGUCUUUAAUUCAAAACUCAAUCUGCAUCGACACAAGUGAGCUUGGCUGCCCAGCUGAAUAUCCUCAUGAUGUCAAAGAAAGGAUAAUAGGAGAGAUUGCCCACCAACUGGAUAGAAGUAUUCUGUCACAUGUUUUCCAGGGCCGAAAGAGGUUUUAUGGUUUCACAAUAGCUAACAUACCAAACAAGAUCAUAGAUAUUAGCACACAUCCAUUGUCAGGGAAGGUGGAUGAAGGCUAUCGAUUGUAUCUCAAUCAGAGGUACACUGACCUCAUGGAGCAGUUAAAACAGUUGGGAUACAAAAUCACACUUCAUCCAGCAUUCACUGAAUUUGUAGUCAACACAUAUGGAAUCCUGAAGGACAAACCAGAUGAAAUACAAACAGUGAAAUUCACUAAUCCAGAGACUCUGAGGAAGAUAAUAAUGACCACAGCACCAAUAAAGCUUCAAGAGGAUCUGUUCGUUUUGCUCAGCUGCUACAGCCACAUGACCAAGAGGAAAAAGAAGUCUCAGAGCUACAGAUGAGUGUAUUCAAAUCUACAAGUUUACGCCAUACUCAAAUUAAAAAUAAACAUUGAUGAAUAGAAUGAUGAUGACCUGAUGAAGGCAGAAUUGUAAAUGUUUUAAUUUCAAUAUUUUUUAAUUCCAUGUCGCUACCUGCUUCAGAUUUUAUUGAAGUAUUGCUUUUUCCCUAAUGUUCAUCAGCAUUAAAAAACUAGGGCUGCAAGCGUCUCUGAUUGGUCACUCAGUGUGA